AAAAUCAUUAAAAUCUGUAAACGCUUCGAAGGAGGAACAACAACUGUUCAAAAACAGAUCGAGAUGGAAGUGGCAAAGAAAAAUUGUCGCUACCAAAGCUUUUACCUGCUGGCUAACAGUUUGGCUUCUAUGAAAAAUGUUGAUACCAAUAAGCUGAACAGGUUAUACAACAUUUGCCCAGCACUACCAUCACACUUUACUGAGAUAUUUCAAGUUACGGCAAGAGACAGAGAUGCCAUCCUUGCAGUAUGUUGUUACCUCUGCAAAACCACUCUUGAACCUGACCAGCGAUUUUUGCAAUAUUUGCAAAAUGUUCUGAAGAAUCUCAGAGGAUGUAAAUGGCACUUUAAACCCAACUUAGACAGCAUGGAGGUGUUCCAUCAAAUUUUUACAUUUACUACAAAGGUUUCAAUGACAUUAUCAUACAUUGCUUGCAAAUAUCCAGAUUGUGCAUCUGAGAUUAUAAGUACUGAAACAACUAUUCUAAAAGAAUUACUUGAAGAAAUGGUUACAUUUCCCGAUGUCAGUGAAAGCAUGCAAGUUGCUUUCAUAAGAAAUCAUUCACCAAGCUAUUUUGGAAUGCUAAAUGGAUUUCUUUACACUGUGGGCUUGAAUGAGAUAUGUGAAUUUCUUCGAUGUGAUGGUAACCCAUUGAGCAGACAGUAUUUCCAUUAUGGGAAUGACACAACCAACAUAAUGGCUGUUUACCUAGAAGAGGACAAUCUAGUGAAAAUUUUUCAGUUGGCCAAGGAAAUAUGCAAAGAAAACCUCAUAACACAAAUUUCAAAUCGUGCAGUUGAACUUUCUGAGGAUGGAUUUAUAUCAGGAGACGAAAAGUCACAGUGGAAAUGUGUUGUGUUACUUAGCAUUUUAAACAUGUUGAGGCAUAUAGUUCAAAAGUGCAGUGAAAGAAUUUCAAAGAGUUUACAGCAGCAAAUUAAUGUUUGGUCGAGAGAAAUGUUUAUGAUAUGCAAAACGAUGUUGCACAAGCUUCCAGCCUCGGAACGUGCAUUGUUGCUUGAUACAGUGGUGCAUACUGUCGUAUGUUGUGUUGAUCUUAUUGUCACAACAACAGGCGAUGACAAUGGGGCUGACGAAACUUGCAGAUUAGUCAAAGACCAUCUUCUGUCUGCUAAAGAUGAACCUAACUACAUGCUACACUUAAUUCCGCUUAUCAGAUGUUGCCUAGACAGUGUUGGAACUUUAGCCGAAAAAUUUCCCUAUUCUUCUAGUUAUGUCCUUGAAACGCUGCGAAACUUCAUCCUGAAGCCAGCCUUGGUGCUGCGAUUGUUAUCACAAGGAAAGAAAGGGAAACCUGGUGAUGCUGCACCAGUUAUCAUAAGGGUCCAGCAGGAUGACACAGAAAAAGGCAAUGAUGCAGUUACACAAAGUGAACAAUUGGUGAUAUAUGCGUUGAAAAAUGCCGUCAGAGCAUUAAAAGCUGGCUUUGAAGUAGACAGCAGCGGCGUUGAAGCUUUUAUUGCGUCCGUGGCCAAUCGCCUGUACUCAAGUGAUCGAGAGGACACCGCAUCGAAUCUGCGCCAAGUCAACGCCAUCAUUUCUCUUGGGUACGUUGCCAUUGAACUGAGAGACGUCGAGGGUAUUCUGGAAUCAGUCUUGUCAAUUUUCCAGCAAAAAUUCUGCAGGCCUCCUUCACAGCUUGAUGCGAAGAUAAUCGAUCAGUUUGCGUCCCUAAUCUUGACUGGGCAUGAGAGAUGCUUUCAACCGAUCAUGAACAUCUUGAUCAAAGUGGCUGUAGAGUCAAGCACAAAGUCGUACGCAGACGGAAACAAGGAACAAGCCCCACACUCAUACCGACAUUGCUCGUUGGCAGUAAUGAAAGCCCUCGAGAGAAUAGCCAACGAUGUUUCCAAGACUGGUUUUCAAAGGGAGUUUCUACUUCACAUGUUGGAAAUGUUUGUACAAAUGGGACUGCAAAUUCGACAGCUGAGUGAAAAGGGACAUCGGAAGGCAUCAUCAAUUGCUGGUAAUCUUGGCGUACUCAUCCCAAUAAUUGCUACUCAUAUGAAGAACCUUGAGCUGAUAGUCGAUCCAACCCCAAGAGAACUCAAACUGUUCAGAGAUUUCUGGCUCUAUGUCGUGCUAAUGGGCUUUGGUGUUGAUGGGUCCAGUAUUUGGCCCCGUGAAUGGUAUGACGGAACUUGUCAAAUCGCUGGAAAAGCGCCUGCUCUUCUAGGGGUAGGCCAUCUGAGAUCUGAGUUGCAGUACAAUUUGGCACUUAAAAAUGACCACAUAGCACCUGGCGAGCUACUGGAGAUUCGACAGUCACUGCUAGACUCCCUUGGCAACAAUCCAGAAGUGACUCCACUUAUCAAUAAACUCGAUUUUGCUCAGUGCGCAUUUCUUUGUUGCGUCUAUCAGCUAGAAACCUUGCGAAUCACUUCAAACACUUGGCGUGUGCAAUUGUUUUUUCAAUAUCUAGAAGACAAAGCUGUUCAGAGGGACAAAAUGGACAUAUGGAGAUGUAUUCGUCAGAUCGGAGACUUGGUAUUCAAGCGGUUCUUAGAACUGAUAUCGAAACGAGACUGUAGUCGCAAGCGAGACGAGGAACUUGAAGCUCACACUCAAUUCUUAUUGGUUAAGUUCAAUCACGAGAACGGGUCGAUCAGAAGGGUUGCCGAUAGAUUUUUGUCUGAUAUGGUAGAUAGGUUUCCUUAUCUACUCUGGAAUGAAACUGUGAUAAAAACAAUGCUUGAUUUACUGCACGUGCUGGACAAAGAGACAAGAAAGAUGGGAUCUGUCUUGGUCUCGUCUUCAAUUUCUGUCCCGAGAACGAGUUACACAUUAAAUGUUUCACCAGACCCCGACAAACGAAAGCAAACUGUGCAAGAUUUCGCCAACAGAUGCAAUGGUAUUCUUCAAGAAGCGCUGAAAUGGGCUCCUGGGGUGACAAGGUCUCUACUUCAUCAAUAUUUGGUAGAACAAACGUGUAUGCUGGGAUCGAGGCAUUACGGAAUCGAGAUUGCCACUGAAAAUGUAACAGCAUUUGAAAGGCAGCAAGGUAUGAGUGAUUCGACGAGCACUGUCCCCCUGACCGGUCGCACUGCACCACAAAUAGUUGCUGACAAUAGAGCCGAAUCGGCAAGCUUCAUUGCUGGGCUGAAAUGUAAAAGCCAAUUUGCUGGGCAGAUUGAUGGCCUACACCAUUUUAAAAAUGGAUACACCUCCUCCAAUGAUAUAUCGAUAUCACAGGCAUUAACAGAGCAAUUAUCAGCGAUUAAAGAAGUCAAUGAAGAUUUUGUAUCCACUAUGUACAGAAGUUGUGCGUUCUUGGCUUCUAGCAAGGGCAACGAAAGAAUGCUUACAGAGCAGGUCUGCUUUUGUCCUGUCAGAAUAUUUACUCGAAAGUCUCUCGAAAUUGCAAUUUCAUGUUGGGAAUGGCUGCUUGUCGCGAGGAAAGACUUAGAGGAUGAGAUACAAAGCUAUAUCCAUGCGGCCUGGCUGUGGACCGUUGACGGUCGCCUCGGGAUGUUCUCACCAGACACCGAAGAAAUAAACCCAUUGGCGAUUUCCGAGAAUUCAGAGUUGUCAAACUCAGCUCCAAACGUGGCACCUCACGAUAUCUGGCUUGAUUUCUUGAUCAAUAGGUUCAAGACAGUAAAAUAUUACAACAAAUCCCAGGUGGAAAUGUUUGCAGUUUUGGUUAAUCGUUCGUUAAGCAGUCACGUGGGCAAAAGGAGCAUCAUAGCACACCACGUGCAAUGUUUGCGACCUCGAUUUCAAUUGCUGCAUCUUGGCCUAUUGCUCCUGCAAGGGUCCAUUUUGAGCCAACCAAUUCUUAGAAAUGUUCUACGUGAAAAGGCGUACCACACAGCUCUCGAUUUUUUCAGUCGACCUCCAACUUGGCCUGUGCCUGACAUCGAUGACAUCCACAAGACUCUUGCAUGCUUGAUCGAAUUCUGGCAUACUUUGAUCGUGGACAAAAAACACAUGCGCAGCUUCGCUAUCUCUGCUUCGUUGGAAUCAGUGCAAGAAAUUCAAGAUUCAGUUUCCCUGAAUACACCCCUAUACCAAUAUCGGUUGCAACCAGAUACGUUGCAGGGUUGGCUUAAUACCGUGCCAUUAUCAAGCAGUGCUUCGCGCAAGUCUCCCAACAUACCCAGCUCAAUAAAAAGAGACGCGGGUGACGCGAUUACCCGCGAGCACAUGAAAAAACGCGCUUUGAUUCUGCCACUUGUUAAAAGGGAGAUCGAGCGGCUGUCGGCAUGGAGAAAUCCCAAAGGAAUCGCAGAUCUGCGUGUGCGAGGCGAGGAAUCAAUUGCCGCGAUUGGGAAUCAGCUAGUACCAACCGAAAAGAUGUGGAGAGAGAGUGUUAGGUUGGCAUGGAAACUCUGCCCUCGAUUGUGCGUCAAUUUAGCAUCGAGGUUUCGGGAAAAUCUUGUUAUAUCCAAAGAACUUCAGCGACUCGUCGUAUCCGAUCCCGCGUCGGUUUGUGAUGUGCCCGAGGCUCUGUCUAUCUUUACGUCAGAGGAAUCAUCUAACAAGGAAUCACCCGCGAUGGUCAAUGUUUUGAUAUGGGCACACGUGCCACCGGUGUCUGCUCUGGCCUACUUCUCCCAGCAGUUUCACCAGAACUUCUAUACCGCACAAUAUGCUGUGAAUGUUCUUCGCUCAUACCCACCUGACGUUAUACUGCUCUAUGUACCACAACUUGUGCAAGCAAUUCGAUAUGACAGUUUUGGCUUCAUUGAAGAUUAUAUUUUGUGGUGUUGCAAGAGCUCACAGCUGUUAGCUCAUCAGGUAAUCUGGAAUAUGAAAUCAAAUGUUUACGUCGACGAAGACUGUCUACAGAAAGAUGUUAACAUUGGAGAAAAACUCGAAAAACUUAUUGAAAAGAUGACCAAAGAAUUUACUGGCCAUGCUAUGAAUUUCUACGAUAGAGAAUUUGCUUUCUUCGACAAAGUCACCCAGAUAUCAGGGAAAAUCAGGCCAUACCCAAAGGCAGAGCGUAAACGGUACUGCCAGCAAUUGCUGAAAGAAAUCCAAGUCGACAGGGGUGUUUAUCUACCGAGUAACCCGAAGUCUGUUGUCCUCGAUAUUGACUAUAAUUCUGGCAUACCCAUGCAAAGUGCUGCAAAGGCCCCGUUUCUUGCUCGAUUCAAAGUCAGGGACUGUGGUUUUAAACAACUGGAAACUCUGAAUGCUCAGCAAACCGACACUGAUAAUGAGAUGGUAGUUGACCACCUUGGCCCUGAGAAGUGGCUCGGGUGCAUCUUCAAAGUUGGCGAUGACGUCCGUCAGGACAUGUUGGCAUUGCAAGUUAUUCAGCUAUUCAAGAAUAUCUUCGAUCAAGUUGGGAUUGACGUUUACUUGAUGCCAUACAGAGUGGUCGCAACUGCGCCUGGGUGCGGCGUCAUUGAGUGUGUACCCAAUGCGAAAUCACGUGACCAAUUGGGAAGACAAGCAGAAGUCAAUCUGUACGAAUAUUUUGUCAAUACGUUCGGAGAUGAAGGGAGAGUGGAAUUUCAAGAGGCAAGAAGUAAUUUCAUCAAAAGCAUGGCAGCGUAUUCUGUUGUAAGUUACAUCCUGCAAAUCAAAGAUCGUCAUAACGGGAACAUAAUGAUCAACGACUCGGGAUAUAUCAUACAUAUAGAUUUUGGAUUCAUGUUCGAAUCGUCUCCCGGGGGCAAUAUGGGAUUCGAACCUGACAUGAAAUUAACAUACGACUGGGUCGUUCUAAUGGGCUCGGAGGUCGAUUCAUAUUCUUUCAGGUGGUUUAUGGAACUGUGCGUUCGGGCAUACUUAGCUGUAAGGACAUAUACCGAGGAAAUAAUAUCACUGGUCAGUUUGAUGUUAGACACGGGACUGCCGUGUUUCCGAGGCGAAUCGUUAAAGAGGCUAAGGAUGCGUUUUGCCCCCCAGUUGACAGAGCGGGAUGCUGCAGUGAAUAUGCUGAAAAUUAUCGAGAAUUCACACAUGAGCAAAAGAGCUCAAAUCUACGAUUAUAUUCAACUGGUGCAGAAUCAAAUACCAUGCUGAAGAAUAAAAAACAGAUAGAUAUAGUAUAGAAUUUGGUUAAUUUAACAGUCAUUUGUAUAUAUCAUUGUGAAUUGAAUAUCAAUUAAAUUGAAAGAGGGA